AUCACAAAUAUUACACCAUUUUGGCUGUAUUGGACGGUUAAACCGAAUGACCUUUUGGCACUUUAAAAUCUUUAAAAGAUCUUUAUAUGUAGCAAAAUAUAAUUAAAACCUUUUGGAUUCAAUAAUUCAAAGAUCUAGUUGUACAACCUUACAUACUUUGGAUGUCAUAUCUUUGUUUAUUAUUAUUAUUAAGGUCUUUGGACAAAAAAAAAAAAAAAAAAGACCCGUCACGUCAUUGACCCUUUAAACAAAUGUGCUGCUUAAUAUUUUUGUGGAAACCAUGAUACAAUUUUUCAGGAUUCUUUGAUGAAUAGAAAGUUCAAAAGAACAGCAUUUCAGCAAAAAAAGAAAAAAAAAAAGAAAGAAAAAAAGAAAAAGUAUUUUGUAACAAUUGUGCAUACCAAUAAUUAAAAAAAUCAGUUAUAUGCAAUUAGUAGCCUAUAAGUUUUUCCCACACAACAACAUCACAUGAAAGCAUGUCCAAGUUGACUGCAAAAUCAAAGGGAAAAAAAUUAUAUUUUGCAUUAAAAAAAAUUAUAUAAUAAAUAAAUAGAAAUCUAAAUCAAUAAAAAUAUAUAUAUAUAUAUAUAUAUAUAUAUAUAUAUAUAUACACUAAAACUAAAUUAAAUAUAUAUAAAUAAAUAAAAAUUAUAAAAAUGACUAGGAUGCAUUUUUUUAAAUAAGCAUGAAUUAAGAGCAGUACAACAGACAAAAUAUAUAUAUAUAUAUAUAUAUAUAUAUAUACUUUUUUUCAUUAACGUAUUAAGAUUUCUGGGGAAAUGUGCUUAAUUGUCAUGAAAGUAAUGUCACAAUGCAAAAAAAGAAAAAAAAACUCGUUCUUAACAUCUUUUGUGAGAUUUGCCUAUUAAGUGAAAUAGGAGAUUUACAGUUUGCUAAAUGGACUAUAACAUAGACGUGCGUCAUUCAAACGUUUGUAAUUUACGUCAAUAUGGACUGAACAGGGAACUCAAAUUUCUCCAAAGCAAGGAGAAAUAUUCCAUGAGUCUGUUAAACUGGAAAGAUCUGAGGAGAAUAACCAACAAACCCACAGUCUGUUUAGGCAAAUGGAAGUCACAAGCAAUGGUAAUCUGAAACUGGCAUAGAAAUUCAACUGUUGAAAUGAUUGGCAUGUAUGCCAUUUUUUGUUUACAGUUACCAUUUAAAAUGUUUAAUAAUAAUCACGAUUGUGUUAUGUCCAUAAUCAACCAUAAAGCUGCUCGGGUAGAUGUACUGUGUUUGGUACAUAAUGUUCCUCACAACCUUCUUUAAGGUCAAAGAUCGUCGGUUGAGCGCAAAGAAAAUCAUCAUUAUAUUAUAGUCCUGAACAAACACACUGUGUUGACUAAAGGGGUGUAAUAUACUGUCACACAUCCUGGUGUCAACGCUCACAAUCACAUGACUGAAAUCAGCAUUAAUAGGAAGUUCAAGUUUGCGUAUACUUGAGUAGCCUAAAGAUGCAAAUGGAUUUCUUUAGAGAAAUGGGAAAUGGACAAAUCUGAAAAGGACCACAUGAUUCAUUUACAGUAUUGUGAGUCUUCUAAAUGUGUGGUAGCUUUGUAUGAAGAAUAGCAUGAAAUUUAAGUCAUGUUGGAUACAUGCAUCAAAUAUUUUGGUGAAUAAACAGCUUUUUCUUCACUGCAGUGUUUAGAGAUAAGGAGGAAAAGAGUGGAGAAUCUAUCUGGACAUGCAUGGCAGGAUCUCACAGUUGUUCUUGAUUAAUGCAUUAACAUGUGGCCUGGAAGUAUGUUUGGCUGCUGGGACCAUCUACAUCCCACCUAUGCUGCUGGAGGCAGGGGUGGAGGAACGCUUCAUGACCAUGGUACUGGCUGUGGGACCCGUGCUGGGGUUGAUCGCUGUCCCUCUCAUUGGUUCAGCGAGUGAUAGCUUGAGAAGUAAAUAUGGCCGCCGGCGCCCCUUCAUAUGGGUAUUGUGCAUGGGCAUCCUGUUCGGGCUCUUGAUCAUCCCUCAGACGUCCACCCUCAUCACCCUGCUCACAAAACGAGAGCAGCAUUGGCUGAAGGUCCCGCUGCUGGUUCUCGCUAUUUGUAUGGUGGAAUUCUGUGGUCAGGCUUGCUUCACCCCUUUGGAGGCCUUGGUUUCUGACCUCUUCCCCGGAGAGGAGGAGAGUCGUAAGGCUUUCUCCAUCUACUCCCUCAUGCUCAGUCUGGGCGGAUGCAUUGGCUACCUGCUGCCUGCGGUCGACUGGACCACUUCGGACACUGUGGUCUACCUGGGUGGACAAGAGGCCUUCAUCUACUUUGUGUUGACUUUCAUCUUUCUCACCUGUUUGAUGGGUACGACCUUCAUCUCUGAGGAGCAGACAGUGCGGGAAAAGCUGGGGGAAGUUGAGGUAUCCAGAAAGGCUGAAAUCUUGAAGACUUGCUGCUGUCCUUGUGUGGCUUUUCCCAGAUUUUUGCUUUUACGAAGGACGUUCUCUAGUCUCUUUUCUGUGGUUCCCCGGCUCUACUCGCUGUGCAGCCGCAUGCCAAAAGUCAUAGCGAGGCUGUUCGUCGCUGAGUUGUGCAGCUGGAUGGCACUCAUGUCCUUUAUGCUCUUCUAUGCAGACUUUGUCGGAGAGGGAUUGUAUAACGGGGUGCCCAGUGAAGAGCCAGGCUCCUUGGGAAGGACACGCUAUGAUGAAGGUGUGCGAAUGGCCAGUCUGGGUCUUUUCCUACAGUGUGUGACCUCUGUGGUCUUCUCUUUGCUUAUGGAGCGUAUGGUGUUGUGCAUAGGAAUUAGGAAGCUGUAUCUGAGCAGCGUGGUGCUGCUGGCCGUGAGUACAGCGAUUAUGACCGUAUCCCACAACGUUACACUAGUCACCAUCAUGGCUGCAGCUACAGGAUACACCUUCUGCAUCCUGCAGAUCCUUCCAUACACGCUCAUAUGCCUAUACCACUCCAAUGCACAGGUGUUUUUCUCCACCGACAGGCGGAGAAAUGAUCUAAUGUUGAUCAGAUCAACUGAGAUACAGCAGAAAAGAUCCAAUGGGUGCGUCAGUGGGUACCCAGGUGGUGCCCCGUAUCCGAUACCCUUCCAGAGCAAUAUCAAAAAUUCACAAUCAGUUAAUCUGCAUGUGUCUGUCACCAUGGACCCUCAUCUUGCACAGCCCUCAGCCUUCAGAGGUAUGGGUACAGACAUCGCCUUAUUAGACAGUGCCUACCUGCUGUCUCAGGUGGUGCCGUCCCUCUUCAUGGGCUCCAUCGUGCAGCUCUUCCACAGUGUGACCGCAUACAUGGCCUGUGCAUCUUUGCUGAGUGUUGUGGCUGUGUAUUUCUCCAGUAAGAUCAUCUUCGAGAAGGCGGAUAUUGAUGCAAGUAGAUAACUGAGAUGUUACCUAGAGCAAAGGACUCUGAAUAGUGACAAAAACCAUAAAGGGCAGCUGGUUCUGUUUAAAGGGGUGGUUGAUUAUGAUUUCACUUUUUUAACUUUAGUUAGUGUGUAAUGUUGCUGUUUGGGCAUAAACAACGUCUGCAACGUUACAACGCUCAAAGUUCAAUGCAAAGGGAGAUAUUUUCUUUUAAAUAAUUCUCUGUUUAAGUACUAUAACAAACAGCUAUAAGGAUCUUCCUGAGUUAGUGACAUCACUAACCCUAAAAUUAACAUAAAUCCUUCCCCCGGGAACACGCAACAAAGGGGGUGAGGCCAUGUUAGAAGAGUUGUUGUAGUACAGUGUUGUUGCCAUGCGCAGCACCACCUACUGGUCUGGAGAUACGAAAAAUGGCUAUUUUUGCUUAUAACUUCUGAAUGAUUUGUCCAAAAAUUGCUAAAUCAUGAGCACAGUGUACUAUUUUGUUCCUUCGAUUUAUAAAUCGUGUGCACGAUUUACUAAUUCGUUCCCUCGAUUUGCUAAAUUGUGCGCACGAUGUUCUAUUUCAUUGCCGCCAUUUUAAAUUUUCUGAAAAACACACUUUUCAAACUCCUCCUAGGCUGUUGUUCCAAUUUUCACAAAAAUUGUAAAAAGAUCUUCAUGAUGACAAAAAGUUGUGAAAUUCAUUUUGAUUUGUCAAAUCGUUUUCGAAAAACGUGUGAACGAAUUUUAUGUAGCGCUUGCGAAAAUAGACGUAAGACUCUGUCUCCUCAACGCUUUAUUGUAUUCAGAGCAAACUUGGUCCAUGUCAUCACAAGCAUGACAUGAGGUUACAUGCUGCGUUUCGACGCAGCGCCACCUACUGGUCCGGAGAUAUGAAAAAUGGCUAUUUUUGCUUCUGAACGAUUUGUCCAAAAUUUACUAAUCGUGCGCAAGAUUUACUAAUUAUUUCCUUGAUUAGACUAAUAUUUUUUCCUUCAUGUCAUGUGCCGGGCUCCGUAGAUUGAUGUAUUAAAUCAUUAUUUAAAUUUUGUUAAUUUUGCACAAAAAAGUUAAUUUUAAGCAAACAAUAUGGUCAUACACAUGGUCUUCUUUGGGCAUUAAAUGCUAUAAAUGAUCAUUAAUUAAUAGUUCAUAACUUUUUUGUCUAACCUGUGGAUUACAAUAUUAUAUUUGCAGUAUUGCACACUGUUAUACCUAUUAAGGAGAGCAAUUACACAAGUAAAGUAAAUAUGCUGAAUGUAUGUUUUAAAGAGAGGACGAGCGAAAGUUUCACACUUUGAACCUUGUGACACAACACUGUACCUGUAAAAAAAAGUGAUGUUUACAUAUUUGGUGCAGGGAUUAUGAAUUAUCUUAAGAGAAAACUAAGUCUGAAGUUUAAAUUAUUAUUAUUAUUGUGCUUAAUUAACUGGAGAAAAAAGUCUUUGCUGAUCAUUGUGGCUGUGUAUUUCUCCAGUAAGAUCAUCUUUGAGACGCAGAUUUUGAUGCAACUAUAUGACUGGGAUGUUACAUACUGAGCAAAGGACUCUGGAUAGUGAAAAAACCAUAAAGGGCAGCUGGUUCUGUUUAAUGUUUUUGGAAAGAGCGAUGGCAACGUGCAAUUGAAGCUUAAAUGCAUUACAAAAACACUGACUGGAUAAUAUUCAGCAAACAAAAUGUGGUCAUAGAUUUUAAAAGGGUCUUCUUUGAGCAUUAAAUUAUAUAAAUAAAAAAAUAAUUUAUAUAAUUAAUAGUUCACAGUUUAUUUGACAGAACUUUUUGUUAUCUAACCUGUGGCUCAUAAUAUAAUAUUUGCAGUAUUGCACAAUGUCAUACUGAUUAAAGAGAGCAAUUACAUGAGUAACAAUGAAUUACUAGUUUGCAUGGGUGUAUUGAAGUGCAGAAAAGUAAAUAUGCUGAAUGUAUUAUUUAAAACAAGGAUGCGUGAGACUUUCAGGCUUUGAACCUUGUUACACAAUCCUGUUCAACCUGUAAAAGAAGUGAUGUUUACAUAUUUGGUCCAGAGAUUAUUAUUUAUUUUAAGAGAAGUAUAAGUCUGAAGUUUAUUAUUACUGUGCUUAAUUAAUUGGAGAAAAAAAGUCUCCAAUGCUUUUCUCAAUGGUUUCUUUUAUUUAAUAACAGAUUAUUGAGUUGCUUGAAAAAUAGACCUAUGCAUUUCAUUAUAUUUGUAACAAAGAGUUAUUUUUAUGUACUUUUGUAUUGGUUCUAAGAUAUAAUGUUGAUGUCUCUUAAAAUAGCAAAAAAAAAAAAAAAAAAAAAGUUGUUAAAAUGUAAUCUGUUUAUUUUUGGUGACUCUGGAUGGGUGGCAUCAGUCAUUUCUUUAUCAGUUACUGCCAUCUAGUGUCUCUAGAGAAGCUGUUUUCAUUUAGUUAAAACAGACAGUUGCUCCAUCAUUCAUUUCUCUUAUUUUAUCAUGCCUGUUUUUCUCCUUUAGUUCUUUGCAACUCUACUCAAUUCAAAAAUCAAGUGGUUGCAGUGUGUUCUUUUGACCAUUUUAUUAAUAAUUUUUUCCAUCUUUGAAAAUAAAUGUAUAAAAAUUCAAA